GCCUCCCUCCAGGCUCAGGAACGUGGUCAGGAGAGAAAGAGGAACGAGGAACACACCUCGCUCCGGACUCAGCGCCUGAGCCAGGGCAGGGGUCGUAGCCUGGAUGGAGUGAUCAAGGACUCAAAGAAGGACAAGACCAAGACUAGAAGCCGGUUCUUGAGUAGAGCAAGAGCAAAGAGAAAGGGGCGUGACGAAGAGCAGUGUGAGGGCGGGGCAGCCUGUGAAGGCGGAACCAAGUCCAGGAACAAGUCUUUAGGGCGUAAGGCUAGAGAAAAGAAGGGCCCCGGCAGGGCAAGAAACAAAAAGAGAGUCUUGGAGAAGAAUAGAGUUCUAAGAGCCAGCACAGAGAAGAACAAAGGUUCUAGCUGCAUGGUGUGCUGCCCAGCCAUGUCCCCUGUCAGCCCUGUAUGGCCGAGAAAACCAAAGCUAUGGGCGUUCUGUGUACUGCUGCUAGUGCUACUGCUGCCGUGGAAGUCGUGGGCGGUAGAACAUUUCCAACACUGCCACUGGCUUGUUGUCCUGAACAAUUUCGACAAAGUAGGUUCGCUCCCGACUAAGGCUCGAUUUCUGGAUCAAGAACCCAUUGAUACAGUGACCGAGCUGUUCCAAAAUUUGGCAGACUUGCCAAUCGACCCGCAGGAGAAAUAUAUGAGUUUUCCUUACUACCUGAAAGUCAGCUUCUUCUGUACGGAACAGAAUGAUGAGGAGCUGGUCCGAAAGAGCCACCUGAUGGGGAUGAGACCCCUGAUCCUGAUCAGCUACAGGCACCCAGUCAAUUUCUAUCGCUGGGAGACUGAAAAUCUGCAGAUUCAGAUGGAGGCUGCCCCAUUGCGUACCUCAGGAUUCUGCUCAGCGGAGGUCAUGUGCACCUUGAACUGGUAUGCACCCAUGCCCAUCAAAAACGGCAGCGUAGUUAUGAGCGUGGACAUCAGCAGCAAUGGCUUGGGGGUCUUCAUUCCCCGCGAAAGGUUCUAUAUCAAUAUCAAUGGCUUCUUGAAGAAAGAUGCAAGUGGCAAAACCAUCUUCACCGUGGGAUAUGAGGUGAGGGCUGCUGACUGGGAGAAGGUACUCCUCAACCACAUGGCUCACCUGUUCUCUGCCCCUCUGCAGCUGAGCAUUGACAGUUGCUGGGUUGGCUCCUACUACUGCCCCAUGCUCCAGUUCUCAGCCACCAUUCAUGAUGCUAUUUCCACCGAGAGCACACUCUUCAUUCGACAGAAUCAACUCGUCUACUAUUUCACAGGCAGAUACACUACGCUCUUCGAUAAGAGCCACAGCAGCAGCAGCUGGGUUCGUGUCCUGGCCAAUGAGUGCAUCAAGAAACUGUGCCCUGUAUUCGUCAGUGGCAAUGGCUCUGAGUACAUCCUGGCCCUCACCACUGGCAAGAAUGAAGGUUACGUUCACUUCGGGACCAUCACAGAUGGCCUCGUGACCUUCCGGAUGGUGCCGAAUGACUGGUCAAUGUGUGAUAGGGUACCAGGUUCAAACUGCUCCAUCAACUGGGCUACAUACAUUGCUGAUGAGAAGGUCUUGCUGUUGUUAGUGGAGGCCUUCUCGGCUUCCGUUAAGGUCUUUCACCUAGUCAAAUUUAACACAGAGAACCAGACAUUGAGCAUUCUCUACACACUACCAAGGUUUAUCCCAGAAGGUCACGAGUUGGAGUUCCUUGUGCUAGAUGGGACAGAGACCUACACCAACACUUCGAUGAUACCGAAGGGCCUGUUCUUCAACACAUUCAACAAUAUGCUGUAUAUCUGGGGUAACUUCAUCCUGCAAAGCUACAAUAGGUUACACUUCAUUUUUCUGGCGGACUUCCCCAAGGACUCCACCAUCAAAUACAUGGUCAACUCUUACCAAGGAGACAUGGCUUUUGUCACAGAAACAGAUGAGAUCUGGUACUUCCUGGAAGGUGGCUAUGAUGUUUACCGCCUGGUCCCAUCCAGAGGCUGGAACAUCUUCUUUAACCUACAGAAGAUGCAGCAGUCUUCCCUCUAUGCAGACAAAGAGUUCUUGGUCUCCAUCUUCUAUGAAGAUGGGGAGCUCUACCAGUUGGUAUAUCUUCACGACACCGGGAAUAAACGAUUGGUCAAGAGGGUCUUGCCCGUGGCACAGGUGCUGCUGUUUGACCAGAACAACCCCCAGAUACUGCUGAAGGAUGGGAACCGCCGGAUGCUCGCCUUCUCCCACAUGUGCCCUUUCAAGGUGAUGCGUCUACGUGACCUGCCCAAAACACAGCAUCUUUCACGUCAGGAGAUCUACCAUGCUCCACCACCUCUGGUCUCCGAGUCCCAGGGCUUCCACAAUAAUAAGACACUUGCUAUCUAUCAAGGGCUCAUAUAUUACCUGCUGUGGCUCCACUCCAAGUAUGACAAGCCCUACGCGGACCCUGUGCACGAUCCCACUUGGCGUUGGUGGGAACACAAAACACAGUUCAAGGAUUACUACUUCUACCUGUCCAGCAACUGGCUGGCAGAGGAAGGCAUGUACAUCGACAUGAGCAGCUACAAAAAGCUCUACAACGUCUCCAAAGAACACGGGCUGCCCGAGAUUGUCUUCCUGGACAAGGGCAACUCGUUUAGCUUCACCGUCUUCCUGUCGUCCCACGGGGACACCUCAGAGUUCAGCACCAACGCUGGCUCUGGCUACCAGAUAGAUAAGAAUUUGGCAGUGGCUGUGGCAGUGGCUGAUCCCGAAUGCCUUGAGGCAUCUGUGAAUCAGGAGGUCCUUAUUAACCGCAGAGCAGUGCUCUACAAGAUUACAGUCAAGGACAGAAAGGUCUGCUAUGAUCAGGGCCUCAGUGGAUAUAACCUCAAGAAGACUUCCUUGAUGGUCAAAGUGUUGGGAUCCUCUGGAAAAUGCUUCCAGACCACAUACCUUGGGGCAAACAUGCAAGGUCAUUUGAUGGUGCCAUUGUUAAUCGGCUGUCCCCCUGGCAAGCGCCUGGCCUUCGAUGUCACCUACACGAUCAUAUACUCCCGGGACUUAAACAAACACUAUUUCGACUGUGCGGUGCCGAACCUCGAGAUGCCAUGCUUUCUCUAUCGUGACUUGUUUCAGCCCUUCUUCUUAGUCCAAGACAUGGUGACGGGAGCUUCGGGCAGCUUCCUAGGCAGUUACUUGCUGCUGGUGGUGGGUGGCGGUCCCACCUUGGACACCAUCAGAGAUUACACGGAAGAGGAAAUCUACCAUUACAACAGUCCACUGGACAAGACCAAUAGCCGCAUCUGGACAACAAAUGUUAAAACAACCACUCCGGACAAGAAGUUCUACAUAAUGAACUACCAGAGCCCGGGAAUUGAGUGGCUGUGUUUAGAGAACUCCCCGUGCCAUGACAUCAUUCCCCAAAGCAUCUUUGCGCCUGAAUUCUUCCUCAAGUUGUUGGUGAGCAAUAGAGGAGUAGACACCAGCACAUACUGUGACUACAAGCUCAUCUUCGUACUGCACAUUCAUGGGCUACCGCUCAGCGGCAAGCGGUCCCUCUUCAUCGUCAUUGUGUCCAGCAGUCUGCUUCUGGGCCUGGUGGUCUUCUACAUCCUCUUCUGCCUUGUCUGGCCCCACAUAGUGGGGGCCUGGGCCUCGUUACGCUGGAAGAUUAACAACAUCAUGGCCUCAGAAUCCUACUACACGUAUGCCACCUCUAACGCUGGCUUCAGCAUCCAUUCUCAGAGUGGCUCAGAGGAAAAUUCCAGGGCUCCCUCCAAAGCAGGUUCCAAAGAGGACAAUGUAGCCAAGAAGUGAGAAGUGGCCAGGACCUCUAGUCUGUACCUUUUCCCACACACCCUUAAGCCUGCCACCUACCCAGGGCUUUCUGGUUUGCUAGAAUGUCCCUGUCUCGUACAGACCCAAAUAAAACAUCAUUUGAAAAUCA